CUUCAGCUCAGCGAUCCAAGUCUUCUCUCCUGUCUGUCUUUAUUCGCGCGGUCGUUUUCGAUUUCAUCAUAAUGCUCUCUUUCAACGCUCUCCUUUCACUAUGCACCCUCGCGGUAGCUGCGGUCGCUUCGCCGAUUCAGUCCCAGUCACGCUCCGCGAAGACCUCGCUGUCUAUUGUCAGGCGUUUCGAUCUGCCCUUUGGUCAAACCAUCGCCGACAUCGACCGUGCGCGGGCUCAAGCCCUUGUUCAGGCGGUCACAUCCGGCAAGGACAAACGCGAUGGUCGCGUCGUCGCGACAAACACCAAUGUGUCUUACACGGCUUCCAUCGGCGUCGGCAAUCCGCCUACGCAAUACAAUCUCCUCAUCGACACUGGUAGCUCUAAUACCUGGGUUGGUGCAGGCAGGCGCUACGUCGAGACGAGCACAUCACGUAAAACCAGUCAGGGCGUCUCUGUAUCAUAUGGCUCCGGCUCGUUCUCAGGGAAUGAGUACGACGACCAGGUCACCAUUGGCAACUUGAUAAUCGCUAACCAAUCCAUCGGCGUCGCCACUCGCUCACGCGGCUUGUACAAUGUCGAUGGCAUCCUCGGUCUUGGGCCUAUCGGUCUGACGAAAGGCACGCUCUCCCCCAACAGUCAGCGGACUAUUCCGACUGUGGUGGACAACCUGUUCUCGCAGGGCUCGAUUAGCAGCGCCGAACUUGGCAUCUUCUUCGGGCCUUCCGGUCUUCUCGGUGGUCAUGGCGAGCUAAGCUUCGGAGCCCCGGAUGCGGUCCUGACGAACGGAGACGUUUCGUAUGUCCCACUCACCAAGACGUUCCCUGCGAGCGAGUACUGGGGAAUUGAUCAGACUAUUACGUACGGGCCCUCGACGUCUAUCCUUACGGGCGCUGGCAUCGUCGACACCGACACUACCCUCGUGCUCCUCGCUACCGAUGCAUUCCAGAAGUAUCAAAAGGCUACUGGUGCCGUCCUGGACAAAAGUACGGGCCUUCUCCGCAUCACCAACGAUCAGUAUGAGAGCCUGCAGAACCUCAACUUCAGCGUUGGCGGGAAAACGUAUUACUUGACUCGCAACGCUCAAAUAUUCCCUCGGAACCUCAACAUUCGGAUCGGAGGAUCAAGCAUGUACGUUUACUUGAUCGUGGCCGACCUCGGUGAGCUCUCAGGCACUGCGAAAGGCCUCUCUUUCAUCAAUGGCUACACGUUCCUGGAGCGCUACUACUCGGUGUACGACACGAAGAACAAGCGUAUUGGUUUCGCGCCUACCCCCUAUACCGAUGCAGACAUCAACUGA